GGUCUGCUUAGCAAGUGAAUUGUAUUCUUUGUCCCUCAGAGUUCCAAGGGAAUAGCUUGAUCUCAGACAGUGGCCAAUAGGGUCCAGUUCCACAUCACUCCACAGCUGCUACAAGGCAUGCAUGUUGAUAUAUGGAAAUCAAGGUCUGAACUCCUUGAGCAAAGCAAGCAGUAAAUAUCCAUUGGAGUACAGAACAAUGCAGCGCAGGCGGACAGGGUGGAGGCUCAUGACAGGACUGGUAACAUGAUGACACACCAAAGGCUAGAAACACACUGAGUGAUUAUGCUGUGGUUGGACUAACCCCUGAUGCUGCAGUGUCCCUUCAGUGAGGGCAGAGAGAGUUACGACUGCUGAUGUGAAGGAUCGCUGCAAUGCCUAAAUCACAGAAACUGGACACUCUCAACAAGUUGUGACAGAACAGCUCAUAGACCGCAAACGAGAGCUUGUCGCACUCUCGGGACACAGAUAUUGCACCUUUUUUUUUUUUUCCUCGCUUCUGCGCGGGAGACGCUGAUGUCUUCAUUGGACUCCCUCUCAGUCGGAGAUGGUGGAACUCUCUCGGAUUUCCAACGUGGAAACGUAGCAUCCAAUUAAUCAGCGCCUGCAACUGUACCCCGUGAGGCGCAGUGGCACUCGGUCCGCUCUCUUCAACACCUACCUUUGGACUCUCGAGUGUGGAGAGACGCGUGCUUUGGUCGGUGCGCUGGAUCGGAGUAUGAAAAACACACCUGGUGCGGCGUCUCGGCAUUUUUUUCCUUUUCUACCAGGACGCACACCGAGUUUGAACUCGUUUUAAGGAUUUUUUUUUUCUCUCCCUCUCUCUCUCGAUUGUGGCUGUUGAAAGAUUUUUUUUUUUUUUUUUUUGAGCGUGUUCAGCUCGGGACACUAAAUGAGUCGCGUUCUCAGUUUGGAUUUUAACACCAACAGCCAAGCGACUUUCUGGUCUGCAUGGGCCAUAUUUGAGCUUUCUUCAUAGGAACUGAGUCUAAGAUGAAGUUAUGGGAUGUUUUGGCCACGUGUUUGUUGCUCCUGAGCUCUGUCGCUACACGGCCUCUCUACCAAAACACUCAGCCAGCCAAGAGGACACAUUUCCCCAGCAGCUACAGUGAUUCUGCGUCCUUGUCUGUGGAGGACGAAGAGCCAACGUUCCAGCGCGAAGACCACAACCUGCAGGAGAUCUCGAUGGAGGAUCAAUAUGACAUGGCAGGUCCCUAUCCGGAGCAAUAUGAUGAUGUAAUGGAUUUUAUCGAGGCCACCAUUGGCAGACUCAGACGAUCGUCAGAGCCCAGAGGGGGCUCCAGGGGACGGAGGGAGCAGAGACAGAGGGGAGCAGCAAACACAGGAGGCGCGCGGGGCGAGGGGAGAGGACAUGGCGACAGGAGGCGGGGUCGGGGGAGAGGGGGAAGUCGAGGUGGUAAAGGAGGGCGCGGCGAGAAAGGGAGGGAGAGGAUAUCGGUGCAGACUCGAGGCUGCUUGCUCAAGGAGGUCCACCUCAAUGUGACGGACUUGGGGCUGGGCUACCAGACUAAAGAGGAGCUGAUCUUCCGGUACUGCAGCGGCCCCUGCGCUGAGGCGGAGACCAACUAUGACAAGAUCCUCAACAACCUCACACAUAACAAGAAACUGGACAAGGACACGCCCUCUCGCACCUGCUGUCGACCAAUCGCUUUCGACGAUGACUUAUCUUUCUUGGACGACAAUGUAGUGUAUCACACGCUGAAGAAGCAUUCGGCCAGGAAGUGUGGCUGCGUCUGAGGGAGUCACGUGGAUUCGACAAAAUGACAGACAUGACCAGCAUCGGUGAACUACGGAUCACCCCGAUAAGCCUGUGCUGCAAAGGGAGGGAUCACUGUUGCGAAUGGGCAUAUGAGGUCGAAGAUGGAGUGUAUUGUCUCUAAUUUUUGUCAGUAGUUGUCUAAGGAGGCACAGGUGAGUAUAUAAAGACCACCUGUGUGACCUGAAAGAGGAUGGAACAUUUACUUAAAUUUGACAGUCCAUGCUCAUUCCUUCAGAAACCCUGACAUGUGCAGAAAUGAUUCAGGUGUUUACCAAUUUGCAGAGGAAGCGAUACUGUUACACUUCCAGAUGUGCUAACUGUGCUGUCUAGAAAGGUGAGCGCGAAGAAAACUUCUGACUGAGUUGGCUUUGUUUUUCUAGAAGAAUUCAUUUUCCCAGGAAGGUCAAUUUUUCCAUUGCUGGCUCCUAAGACUGCAGAUGAACGCUGAGAUUUGAAGAGUCUGUUCAGCUGCAGUCUAAAUCACUUCCACUGCAAAGUCUGGAUGCUGACAUUUACAUUCAGAGCCAAUGGAUGACAAACACCACACCGGAGUUCAGCAAAGACUUUUGGUGCAACGCAUCUACAUUAAAUCCAAUCAUAUAUAUA